AUGCAGCGUGCAAAACUUUGGGUCCUCCAGCGGCGACUGCCGGAAAGGCCGCCUUUACUUCUGCCCGGGGUCGCUCCAGUUGCGGGGUUGCUGGCUGGACAAGGCGGCGGUGCGCAGCAUCCUGGCUCGAGGCGACCCUGCCCGGCGGAACGCGCGCGGCUCUCGGCCUCUGCACCGCUCUGCGCUCCGCCAGCCCGACUGCGCGCUCUCCCGGGCCCCGCGCACUCCGCGCCUCUCUGGCGCCCCCAGCGGCCGCGCGCAGCGCAGCAGGGCCGGGCAGGGCCGAGCGCGCCCCGCCUCCUGCCUCCUCCGCCGCCCUCCUCCCCCGCGCAGAGCACUCAAUGUCGGAACGUUCCGAAGAUGACGUCGGAGCGUUCUCGAAUCCCGUGUCUCUCGGCUGCUGCUGCCGAAGGAACAGGGAAAAAGCAACAAGAAGGAACAGCAAUGGCGACACUGCACCGCAAAGUGCCCAGUCCGGAGGCGUUUCUGGGCAAACCCUGGUCCUCCUGGAUCGACGCCGCCAAAUUACACUGCUCCGACAAUGUAGAUUUAGAAGAGGCUGGAAAAGAGGGUGGCAAAAGCAGGGAGGUUAUGAGGCUUAAUAAAGAAGAUAUGCACUUGUUUGGCCAUUAUCCAGCGCACGAUGACUUCUAUCUGGUCGUGUGUAGUGCCUGCAACCAGGUCGUCAAGCCACAGGUCUUCCAGUCACACUGCGAGAGAAGACACAGUUCAAUGUGCAGGCCUCCUCCCUCUCCAGCAUCCCCAGCCUCCAGUUCCCGGACAUCACUAGCACAGGCAAAGACGAAAGCCUGUUUCCGCGGCCAUAACGCUGUCAGCAGCACCCCAAAGCCAUUUAAAACGCCCAAAGACAAUCUACUUACCUCCAGCAGCAAACAGCACACAGUCUUCUCUGCAAAGGGGCCAAGGGAUAAACCAUGCGUUCCAGUUCCUGUAGUCAGUUUAGAGAAAAUUCCUAACCUAGUGAAGGCAGAUGGUGCCAAUGUCAAAAUGAACUCCACAACCACUACCGCAGCCACUUGCUCCUCCGCUGCCGUCUCCACCCCACCUCUAAUUAAGCCCACCUUGAUGUCCAAGUCAGUACCACCCUCACCAGAGAAGAUCUUAAAUGGCAAGGGGACUCUGUCAGCCACCACAGACAAGAAGCACCAAAACGGCACCAAAAACAGCAACAAGCCUUACCGGAGACUCUCAGAGAGAGAAUUUGACCCAAAUAAACACUGUGGAGUAUUGGAUCCCGAGACAAAGAAACCUUGCACAAGAUCCCUCACCUGCAAGACACACUCGCUGAGCCAUCGCAGAGCGGUCCCGGGCCGGAAAAAGCAAUUUGACCUCCUCUUGGCGGAACACAAAGCCAAGUCGCGGGAGAAAGAAGUGAAAGAGCACCUCCUGACUUCCGCUAGGGAAAUACUUCCAAACCCGCCCGGACCGGUGCCUGAUGCUCUGCCAGGAUCUUCUGGGAGCACGGGAGCAGAGCCGAAAGUACCAUCCCCUCCAAAAUCCAGGCCGCUCAACUCUGUACUUCCCAGACCGUCAUCUGCCAACAGCAUAAGCAGCAGUACAUCUUCAAAUCACAGCGGCUACACUCCGGAGCCCCCUCUGCCCCCAGCUGCAGGUGACCUUGCCAGCCGACUGUCCAGUGAUGAAGGGGAGAUGGACGGAGCCGACGAAGCCGAGAAGUUAGACUGUCAGUUCUCCACACACCACCCCAGACCUCUUGCGUUCUGCUCAUUUGGGAGCCGCCUCAUGGGACGAGGGUACUACGUAUUUGAUAGAAGAUGGGAUCGUUUUCGGCUCGCACUGAACUCCAUGGUAGAGAAACACUUGAAUUCACAGAUGUGGAAGAAGAUCCCUCCUGCGGCAGAUAGCCCCAUGCCCUCGCCAGCCGCCCACAUCACCACCCCUGUUCCAGCAUCCGUUUUGCAGCCUUUCAGCAACCCCAGUGCUGUGUACCUUCCUUCAGCUCCCAUCAGCUCGAGACUCACCUCUUCUUACAUAAUGACAUCAGCCAUGCUCUCAGACGCAGCUUUCGUGGCAUCGCCGGACCCACGUGUCCUCAUGUCCCACACCACAGCUUUCCCCCAUGUGGCUGCAACCCUCAGCAUCAUGGACUCAACCUUCAAGGCCCCAUCCGCUGUGUCCCCGGUACCAGCUGCCAUUCCUUCCCCAUCCCACAAGCCAUCCAAAACCAAAACCAGCAAAUCCUCAAAAGUCAAAGACCUAUCAGCUCGUAGCGACGAAUCUCCAAGUAACAAAAAGAGGAAGCCACAGUCUUCGACUCCCUCCUCCUUGUCCUUGCAGGCUUCCUUCUCGUCUCCGUUGUCAGGGCCCCACAAAAAGAACUGUGUUCUGAAUGCCAGUUCCUCCUUGAACUCCUAUCAGGCAGCCCCUCCCUAUAACAGCCUGUCUGUGCACAACUCAAAUAACGGGGUGAGCCCUCUCAGUGCCAAGCUGGAGCCCUCAGGACGGACCUCGCUGCCCAGCAGCCCCAUGGACAUAGUGAGACAGGUGGGCGCUGUGGGUGGCAGCAGUGGCCCCUGUCCCCUCUCCGUGCCCUCCCUUGCACUCCACGCAGGGGACCUCUCUCUGGCCUCACACAAUGCUGUGUCUUCUCUGCCCCUCUCUUUUGACAAAUCAGAAGGAAAAAAGCGUAAGAAUUCAAGUCCUAGUAGCAAAGCCUGUAAGAUCACUAAAAUGCCUGGUAUGAAUAGUGUUCACAAAAAGAACCCACCCAGCCUUCUUGCACCGGUGCCCGAUCCCGUUAACAGCACCUCCUCUCGGCAGGUUGGAAAAAAUAGCAGCCUAGCUUUGUCACAAUCCAGUCCUUCAAGCAUAUCCAGCCCAGGACACAACCGACAGAAGAACACAAGCAGAAUGGGCAGGAUAAGGACUCUUCCCUAACAAGAUGGUGAAGCCACUUCCAACCAGUCCUGGCUGACAUCCUCCCCAGGAGACUAAGUUGGGAGAUGGGAGGGCGCUGGCCUGUGGGGGAGUGUUUCCUGGUCGCUGAUUGUGGCUAUGGCCUUUCUUUUUUUACAUGGAUUUUUAGUUUUAAAAAAAAAUGAGGCAAAAGAACCUAAAUUUGAGAUUUACAGAAAACAGUGUUUUCUCUCUGUUUUUUCAUUUGUCACGUCUUAUACAUUCUUCCACAUUUGGGGUUACUCCCCUUCCUCCUGAUGCUGCUAGUGCACCGUCAUUUUGCUCCUGCCCUGAGAACAGAGGCUGCAGACUGUCGGUUCCGGUUCCGGGUUCCGGUUCCAGGUUGGCACCCACAAGCUCUUGAACUUUAGCGCUUUCAGAGUUCAUUCUCUCCCAAGUCCUUUCCCACCCCGCCCUCCCUUUCAACUGUGCUCCAGUGGCCGUCAGAAGCUCCUGGCUCCCACUGCAGCCCUGGACCACUUGCUGGGAGGAGCCUGGGCUUGGAGUUGCUUCGAGGGGCUGAGGGUGGACCUUCAACUGUUUCUUGCGCCUCUCCUUGUCCAGAGCCAAAUGCCAGCCACGAAAGUGAGGACAGUGACCCUUUAAUGAUGUGGUUUGCUCAAUGCCCAGGCCCAGCUGUGCAGAAAAGACGCACCAGGUCAGAAGGGACCUGAGAGGAAGGGAAUAUGGUGGGAACCCGAUGACUGUGAUGGUCAGAGCUUGUUUGGAAUAUGCUAUGAAGAGUCCUUCCCAGGGCUCAGUGCAGUUUCCUAAAGCUGGGUCAGCCAGAGACAGAAAGCCCACAGGACCUAGGAAAGCCACUUCAUGAGGUGGCACAGUGACCAUAGCUCCUGAAAGUUCCCCAGAUGUCAGGAAGGUUUGGGGGCCAGGAAGGGUCCUCCAGAGAAAAGUCUGCAUGGAGUUUUUUGUGCCAAACCCCUUGUGGGAAUAGGAAAUAUCACUGGUUGCACACCCACACCUUAGAUAAGCUUGCACUCCACCAUCAGGUGCCCCAACUCAGAGAGUCCAGAGCUGGCAAGGACACGCGUAGAGAAGAGGCGUGGGCGGGAGGCACCAGAGCAUCGCAGCUAUUAAGCUGUCCACAUUGGAGUUUUGAAAGAAACAGCAGGACCAUUAAACUCUGAUGGGGAAUCAGAAAGAGAAUUCACAACACGGAACAGGUGUUCCACUUUGAUCUGCCAGACGUCCUGCGCCAUCCUGAAAUCAGAAGUGAAUGCUAGUUCUGCAGCUGGGCACACCCCCUCUCCCUCCCCAAAGAUUUCCUUCCCCUUCCUUUUCUCCCAACCCAAAGAUCAGACUACUGUCAAAUUUCACCACGGAAUUGGAAUCUGCAGAGAUGGGAGGCAAAAGGAGUGAUUUCUGUCAAUGGAAUUGCACUGACAGUGUUUCUUACAGGAUUCUUAAAUUUUUAAAUAUAAAAUGAAGAUUUUUUUUUAAAGUCAGGAGUUGAUAUUAAGCACCAGGACAUUGGUUGAAUUAUUUCAUUUUUUUUCCCCCAGUGUUAAAAGUGCACUUAUAUCCUGGUUAAUUUACGUCUUGGGGGGGAGGGGGACUGCAAAUUUAAGGGGUGAUUGUUACUUUUUUGUUUUGGGGGUUUGUUUUUUUUUUUUAAGGUUAAGGCAGAUUUUAAGACUUAUAAAUGUUUAAGAAAUUAUAAACAAGGUUAGAUCCUUUGAAAAACAAAGUUUAGAAGAUAUUCUUAAAGUAAAUUUUUAUAGUGUUAAUUUUGUAAUAAUUUAUGUUUUACUAUAUUACAGAGCUAACUGACCAGAAUAGUUUCAGAAACAAUAUGAAACUUAGGAAAGUUUAAGCAAUGUUUAUAUUUUUAAAAUGUUCUUUGAAUUAUGUUUUUAUUGUACAUUUCUUCAGACUCAAAAGUGUGUACAUAUCUUUGUUAUUUUUGCACAAUUUUUGUCUUGUUUGGUUUUAGAUGUCUGUUGGUUUUUAUAUAUAUAUAUAAAUACAUAAUUUAUUUUGAGUUGUAAAACUUGCAGGAUUAAAAACAAAACAAGUCUCAGCAACAAAAUAAGCCUCUGGCCCAUAAACUCUUCUGUUCAAAGAGGGAAAACAAAGGUUGAGGGGUGAAUGUUUGCUUCUGAGAAACAGCGGCUUCACAGAGACUAGGGAGCAAGCAGGCUUCAGGUCGUCCACGCUGUGUCCUGCAUCCGAAGCUGGAAUAAAGAGGCUCUCCACCCAAUGCUGCUUACUCUCUUGAGAGACCGCUUUGACCAAAAGGUGAGGACAAUUCCAGAAAACUGAGCAAAAAGGGAAAACCCACGGUAUUUCUUCCUUCACAGUCACCCCCGGGUUUACUUUCUGAUGUAUUAAACGCUUGUAGUUAGGAAAAAAGAAAAUGGAAUGCAAAGAAAAGAUUUCCUUUGUGUUUGUUCUCAUGGAAUUCAACUGGACCAACCCCUAAAGCAUCAGGAGAGUAGUAUCUUCGGGUCUUUCUGUUCCCCACACCCCAAUCAGCCUUCUGUUGGCCCCUUGGCUGCUCACACCCCUGUCUGCCUGAGGAGCUCCUGACUCGUCUCCACCUCAGAAGCUCUGGAUGUUAAGCGUAACACAAUGCAUAGACCUGUCAGCCAUAUAAAAUUUAAAAAUCAAAAAAUCGAGUUGGAUAACUUGUAUGCCUUCUUUUGUAUCAAUGUACCAACUGUAAAUAACGCUGAUCAACCUUUGUAGAAAAUAGUUUAUACAGCGUAUUCUAUUAUUGCUGAUUCUCAGUGAACUCUUGUUUAAAAAAAGGAAAAAAUGAAAUUUUCUAUUUACACCUUAUAUUUUGUUAUGCUGUCAGCCCAUGGCACUUUAACAAAACUCUGUGGGUUUUAUGUAGCUGGUCAGUCAUGGGGUAAAUUAAAUAACUAUUGUUGCACAGACAAGAAUUUGCACCUGUUCAUUUGUCCUUUCCUACUAACCAAUUUUAGAAGCUUUUCCAGAAGAAUUUUGAAGAGAGCAUGUCCAAUCAUACUCGACAAAGGCCACACUCGUGGAGUGGGUUUCUUUUCUAGGAUCCAUAUUUUGUAACACUAAGUGUUCCCUCCUUUGUCCCGCACCUCUAUGAAUUAGCACUAUCAGAUAGAAUCCAUUCCAUGCCUGUGAUGUUGUAAGCAACUAAAUGUCUGAAGUAGGUGUAAAUAGUAAACUCUAUGGCUUACAGUUUUUAAAAGAAAGAACAAAAAUGUAUCUGUUGAUACUGCCGUGGUUCAGCACCAGGUCUGGAAGUAUUCUCCACUGAACGAUUGUAUUUUUUUUUUUUUUUUGCUUUUUUUUUUUUUUGUAACAUGGCUUUGUAAAUAAAAUAAUUUAUAUGUUU